AUGGAUGGUGAGGGUGAUGAGGCUGAGAGGGAGGGGGAGAAACUAACUGAAUUUUGUGUUGCUUCAGUGUUUGGCGGCACGAUGUCGAGGAUGUACCGCUUCCCCACCACUGAUGGGAACCACCUACGAGUGCUGGAGCAGAUGGCCGAGAGCGUCUUGUCUCUAAACAUUCCCAGACAGUUUGUCAAACUGCUGCUGGAGGAGGAUGCAGCCAGGGUUUGUGAGUUGGAGGAGUUGGGAGAGUUGUCCCCCUGCUGGGAGAACCUGCGGCGGCAGAUCGUCUCUCAGUACCAGAACAUAAUACUCGCUUACCAAGAGACACUGUCUGACCUCAGUGAAUACAGAGGCCCAUCAUUCAAAGCCAGUAACCUGAAAGCAGACAAGAAGCUGGAGUUCAUGCCCACUAACCUUCACGUUCAGAGGAUGAGGGUGCAGGAUGAGCUGGGUUUUGAACAGACAUAUGAUGUGGUAACAGUCGGCGCCCCGGCCGCUCACUGCCAGGGUUUUAAGAACGGCGGUCUGAGGAAGCUCAUCCAGAAGUUCGAGGAAGCAAAGAAACACGUAUAUGAGGAGGAAUGUAGCGCCCUCUCCAGUUCUCAGUCCAUCAUCUACAUACCCCAGGACAUUGUCCGAGCCAAAGAGAUCAUCGCCCACAUCAACACGCUGAAGACUCAGGUCAGCUACUACGCAGAGAGGCUGUCUCGAGCUGCCAAAGACCGAUCGGCCAGCGGACUGGAGUGGACGCUUGCCAGUCUGGCUGAUAAGACCCGUCAGCUGGUGACAGUGUGCGACUGCAAGCUGCUAGCUUCAGCUAUUCAGGCCCUGAACGCAGCGCGGCCCGAGUACAUUGCCUCCAAAGCGUCUCCUUCCGCUGAGUCCGAACAAGUAGUGCUCCGCAACGACCAGGACACACUGACAGCAAAGUACAGCGGUCGCAACAGCCGGUCUUCACUGCAUGUGGACUGGCACGAAGAGGAGUGGGAGAAGGUGUGGUCAAAUGUGGAUAAGUCUCUGGAGUGCAUCAUCCAGCGCGUCGACAAGCUGCUUCAGAAAGAGAGGAGACCCAGCGUCGGCAGUCAGGACAGUACCCAGAGUGACCAGCAGGGUGGCAGCAGUAAGAAAGGCGAUGGUGGGAAGUGUUUAGCUUUCUGGAUCAACCCAGAAAGUACGUCAGAGGAAUCUCCAUCCUUACCACCAUCAUCAUCAUCAUCAUCACUAUUAGAACCGCCUCCACCAUCAUCAUCAUCUCCACCACCAUCCUCUUCCUCUCAGCUUGCCCUCUCUGCACGGCCUCCCAGCCCCGAACAGGAAACCUAUGGAAGCCCCAGUGCUGAGGAGGCGUAUCCAGGCGAGUGGAGCGAGGCGCUGUACCCUCUCCUCACCACGCUCACGGACUGCGUUGCCAUGAUGAGCGACAAAGCCAAGAAGUCUAUGGUCUUCCUGCUCAUGCAGGACAUCGCCCCAACGAUAGCCAUGGACGUGUCGCUGCAGUACCGCCGCGACAUUGUCUUCUGCCAAACGCUCACCGCUCUCAUCUGCGGCUUCAUUAUCAAGCUGAGGAACUGUCUCCGUGACAACGGAUUCCUGCGACAGCUGUACACCAUCGGCCUGCUUGCUCAGUUUGAGUCCCUGCUCAGCACCUACGGAGAGGAGCUCGCCAUGCUGGAGGACAUGAGCAUCGGCAUAAUGGAUCUACGCAACGUCACCUUUAAGGUAGAAAGGAAAAGCAGCAUGCUAACUGUCUUUCCAGGCUGUAGAGCCACUCUACGAGGAGUGGGAAUCAACGAGCAGCAGACGUUGGCUGAGAAGUUUGGAGACACGUCCCUGCAGGAGAACAUAAACUCUGAGAGUCUCUCCAGACUCAACUCAUACUACGAGCAGUUCAAAGAAGUCCUGCCGGAGGACUGCCUCCCAAGGUCUCGCUCUCAGACGUGCCUUCCUGAACUGCUCAGGUUUCUCCGGCAGAAUGUCAACGCCAGGAAAAACAAGAACGUAGACAUCCUGUGGCAGGCUGCGGAGAUCUGCCGGCGGCUGAACGGCGUUCGCUUCACCAGCUGCAAGAGCGCCAAAGACCGCACCGCCAUGUCCAUCACACUGGAGCAGUGCCUGAUCCUGCAGCAUGAGCACGGCAUGGCGCCGCAGGUCUUCACGCAGGCCCUCGACUGCAUGCGCAGCAUUGGCACGAGGGAGGGGGUGAUCCAGAAGAACCUGAGCGGCUUGCUGCCGGUGCGUGACUUCCGGCUGGACCCCAGCCUCAUGUACUCCCUGCCCCUGCUGGCCCUCAGCCCCAACCUCCUGGUGGUGUGGAUCUUCCUCAGCAUGGCCUACUUCCUGGCCAAACUGCGCUGCAGUUGAGCGAGCAGCUCUACGCUGGAAGUGACCAAAUGUCAAACGUACUGCGAGGGUGGGCGGGGACUCUCCACGCUGACUCCCCAGGGUGUUUCUGAAACUGUGCCACUGACCUGUGAGAGGGGUGUAAUCAGCUCACACACACUGUCCCACCCUCACUAAGGGCUGUACGCAACUUACGUCCCACUUAUCAGCAGCCACGCUUUGGGCUUUUUCUUUCUUUUCUAUUCUUUAAACAUCUUUUUCUUUUUUCUAUUAAAAACCUGUCAUAGCUCAGGGGUGUCAAACUCAUCUUAUUCGUGGGCCACUAACCCAAUCCUGUAUGAUCCUAACAGGACCAGAAGGCUAACCUCUUCCCACCCCCCUAAACCUCCAAAUUGUUCUUAAUGUAAUGAAUUGAUCUGAUUUAUAAAUCUGAUUAACUCUCUGUGAUAUCUUGAACUCCUGAGACCCUGCAUCAUCAUACAGGGAUAUAUGGUAACAUAUUUACUCUUCAUUCUUCUUAAUAAAGUGUUUAUCUUUUCAAAAAAAAACAAUGAUUACUUUAUUCUGUUGGGCUGUCGAAGAAAUAGUGGAGUUAAGAUUAGGUCCAGCUAAUCGUAAAUCGCUAAGAGAAAUUAAAAAUGCAUCCCUAAGGAGAGCUCGGGUUUCCGGAGGUUAAGAACAGAGUACAACGAGAAGACGUCCUCAGUCUUGCAGGCCUAGCAACCCCUGCCUGUCAACCACCAAUAGUUAUGGAAAAAUGUGCAGCACCCACUUUGCGGGGCCUUUUGAAAUGUUCUGAUGACAUUUUUUUUUUUGUGUCUAUUUCAAGUUUUACACCUUUCAGUUUUACUGCUGCUUAGUAAGCAGUUGCAGACAAGUUGUCUCACAUGCAAAAUAUGAGUGACUCCUGGCUAUCCAGUAGCAGCUACAACAGUGACGUUUGUAGCGCAGCACCGUGUACGUCUUUGCAACCUAUUCAGUAAUGCACAUUUUUCCCUAGCAACCUGUGGUUGCCAGGGAUUCACCAACUGGUUUAUAGUUCUGUGUGCCUGAGGUCUUAGUGGCCUAGUUCUAUCCCACUUGUUUGACACUCCUGAUAUAUUAAUUGUGUUGCCUACAUUUGAGCGUGAGGCCACAUGCCAUGUUCACACUAAGCCUGCUGAAUGUGAAUUCUACAUGAUUCCAUUCAUGUGUGUUUUUUUAGGAUCAUAUUCGUCCACAUGUACACGCCGAAAAUACCCAGAUUAUUUCCUUCUCUUCUCUUUUUUUUUGUCCAGGAUUAAGAUAGCAGACACUGCUGUUUUAAACUCACGAUUUACUUGUCACUACAGUCCAAAACGCUGCCACGUGAUUAAUCCUUUUUUUGGGGCUUUUAUGUGAAAUACUAAAUUUUAACCAUUACAAAGUCCUAAAUCUCCAAUUCUGUUUUCUUUACUGAGGUUUAACCAAACAUGCAUUUUUCUAAGACUUUACAGAAACUAACGCUGCGAUUUUCAGAUUCAGUGUUUCUGAAAAAGCUCAGUUUUGUCCGCGUGGACGGUAUUUGCCAAAAAGAGGACUUUCAAAAAAAAUUCGGCUGGCUCCGUGCGAACAUAUGACACAAAGCCAUUAAAAGACAUUAAGAUAUUACCUUUAGUAACUCACAGGAUUAUCCAAAUCCACUUCCAUACUGCCUAAUGAGAGUGUAUUACUUCUUUCUUAGUGUAUAGCGCCCUCUGAUGGACAUAUUUUGCUCCUUUGUGAUGGUCAGUGAGUACUCUGCCUUACCCUUCACUGGUGGAAGGUAACAGUUUAUUGUAAAGAGUGUAUAAUGUGUAUAAGGAUAAGCAGAUGAUAUCUAAACUUUGCUUUCAGGAAAGACCCACAGUAGCAAUCAGAUGAUUAUUUUAUUCAUGAUUUAAGCUCAGCACAAACAGCUUAUAUCAUCAAAACAUUUUCUGGAACAUUUGGUUUAUCAUUGUCUUCCAUGUGCUUUUGCACUUGCCCCACACGCUAAUGUGGAGGAACCUAAAGCUUUUAUCUCGUGCCAAAAUGAAGCAAGUACGCGCUUGCUUAGAUAUAUAUUUUUAAGGCAGCAUUUGCUUGUUUUUGUUUCUUUUGGUCUUCCUGCUUCUUUAUAGACGGUGGAAGCAUUUUCCUGCUUCUGCAUGAGCUUUUGCACUUUCCAGCAGAUCCGGGUCUGUCUCUGUCUUUGUUUAUAUCCAGCCUAUUGAAAUGUUUAUGUGAGGCAGUGUUAGUGUUAGGAAUCACGUGAUAGCCCUGUUUAAUCAGUAAAAAUGAACUGAACCCAUUAACUGACCGUUUACUUGAUGGACAUUAAACACUUGUGCUGCUGAUAUGAAAACUAUGCUUGCUCACAUUCAUUUAGCCUAAAACAAAAAGCCCCGUGACAUGUGUGACCCAUUUUAAAAGAGGAGUUCACUGAGCAGCAGGAAUACUGCUCUGAACUGUGUCGACUAAAUGCGUAUUGGCACAAGUACAAGCAGACAAAUAAUUAUUUCGAACUCCUAGCACACCCUCAAAAAUAAAAAUAAAAUCAUAAAAGCUGAAAUAUUGUCGCUAGUAGACGGAACAAUCUAACAGUCCUAUAUGGAGUGUAGAGUGUGCCAAAAUAAGUAACGUCGAUGUGAAAGUUGUUAUUUUUUACGUUCAAACCAAUGUUAAAAAAUAGAUGUGGAAAAAAAUAUUUAGUUAACUGGAAUAAAAUGAACAACUAGACUUUUAUAAAAGAAAACUACUUGAAAUGAUGCAACCACAUAGCUGCCUUAAAAUAAAUAACAAUACACUGGAAAUGUCUUUGUAGUUAAUUUGGUCUUAAGUCAAGUCUAAAUAUGAUAAAUGUCUGCUGUAAAAGUUAGCAAAAUAAAAAUGACUACAACUAAUGUAAACUAAAAAAACUUUGAGUAUCUCUUUAAAUAAUUCCUUAUUAAAAUUAAAGCUGCCCUGCUUAGUAGAUUCAAUGUCGAAAUGCUCAUUUAGUAGUGAUGUGCGGAUCGAUACUG